UUCAAGCGAACUUGGCCCGACCGCCAGUCAGUUGUCAACUGACAGCGGAUAGAGAAAGACGCGGCCGGUACGACCAGCGUGUUCUCAAAGAAACUUCACGCGACUUUACUGCAGUUGCGAGCGAACUAAGUGUUAGAUUGCGUGCAAAGUGCUGUUAGUGUUUAGUGAUGACUUUUGUAUGGAACCGUCUGCUCUCUUGUCUCCUGGACGAACGUUGAUGUCAGAGGGGAUGGAAGCGAAAGACCGGCUUGUCGAGGAGGUGGUACUCCUUGCCCUGUUUCUUGUAUCUACGGCGGCCAAUUCCUUGGCGUUGUUGGUGUUCUGUCGACGACCUGGGCUCAGGACUAUAUCUAAUAGGUUCGUCAUUAACCUACUGGCGACGAAUUUGGUGACGACCUCCCUGCUCGCGCCCGCGCUGUUCGGCGAGCACUCGGCGAGGGAGGAGGCCGGGUGGGUCGAAGCGGGGGACGCCGCGGCCUCGGCGUGCAGCCUGGCGGCCCUGCUAGCCGUCACGCUCAUCGCGCUGGACCAGCACCACGCUGUCACCGACCCGCUUCGCUGUCACACUCGGCUGCUUCAACGCCGACCUGCCACGCUGUGCUCCGCCACCUGGCUCGCCUCGGCCGUAGCGGCCGCGGUGCGUGCCAGUAUUGCGAUAUUUCGCUACUACUAUCCGGAAGAGCCUGCCGUUCGAGGAGUCGAGCUCGCGUACUACGUCGUCUACUUGAUCGUCGGUGUCCUCGCACCGGUGACUAUAGUCUGCGUCAUGUACGCGAGGAUCUACCGCGCGGCGCGGUCGUCCGGCCUGCGAGCGCGAGCGCACGGAGCCAGCGCCCUGCAACUCCACGAGCCCCAGAUAACUUUGCCCGAUUUAGUGGAGGAAGAAGGGCUCACUUUAAAAAUUGAUAUGCCAGACAAUAUCGCUGAAAGCGAACACAAGUUUGGACCGUUCCUGCUACCACCGGAGCGCCCCGUGCGCUGCCCGUCUGUUGCAAGUUUGAGAAACGCGCGAAGAGACGGAAAAUCGACUGAGGAUAUACGGAAGGGUCUACCGGCAGUUAGCUCUGCGCCAUUGCUCGCGGCGCCUCUCCUCACCGUGCAACCUCAAGCCGUCACGAACGGUUCGAGGAUAACGUCGAUACGUUGUCGCAUUUCAAACGCGUCACUGUUUCGGUAUAGGGAAGAAUCUCGUGCGGCCAGAGUUGGACUAUUGACUGGUGCGUUAGUGUUGUUACAUGUGCCACACGCGGUCGCGGCAGUCGCGUCGGCCGCGAUGCCGGGUUUAGCUGCGAGUGCUCGGACUCCCGCGUUAGCCUUGCUCCUGCUCGCUUCGGCGGCGUCACCUUUCCUGUUCGCGUUGCGUUCGCGACGAGUGCAGCGCGAGGCCAGACGUCUCCUGCUGCCCGAGAAGAGUGCGUGGGAUCGGCCGUCAGGCGCGGCCUCCAGUGCGGCAGUCGACGGUCAGCGGGCUCGCGCCGCGCUAGACUUGUUGAGGACACUGUCCCCGGGAGUCGACAGCGUCGAGACCGGAGAGAGCGGCGAGCCCGGGUCGGGGAGCGGCUCGGACGGCGUGUGCCGCAGCUCCUUCAGCUCGGGCGGCAGCACGCAGGUCUCCACGGCGUCGGAGGAGUGACCGCCGGCGACGCGCGCCCCACUCACCCCGCGGGUGCGCUUCGCCCGACCCACCGCUCUACACAUCUGUGAUACUAGGAUAAGACGAACCGCGCUCGGCGCGAAUGUUAGACUGAUUUAGCAUAAGUUAAUUUAUUAUUGUGUCCAUGUACCUUUCCGCUGAGCGGACGACUUUUAUUACCUGAUAUGAAUGUAUUAAAAUAUUUGUAUUGAAAUGA